UGUGAUUUCCAAGUGCCAAUAAUCUACAUCAUGGUGACAAUCAAUCUCCUCUUCAGUUAUAAAAGCUCCCAGUAGUCUCAAUUUUUCAAUAGAUUCCCACAAGCCUCUCACCUCUUCAGUAACCACUUCAUCCAACCCAACACCCUCAAAAUGAAGACUGUCUUCUUCAACAUCGCCGCUCUGGCCCUCACCAUCUCUGGCGUCUUUGCCAAUCCCGCCCCUAACGGAAUGGCAGUUGACAUCUCCGAGCGCGACGGCGUUCUUGAAGUCCGCGAAGUUCCCCGUGCCGAGGCUGGCAUUCAGUGCAGAGAGUGUGUUCAUCUUGGUGGUCGCUGCACUAUUGGCGAUGGAAGCUGCUAUGCUUCUGAGCAUGCUAGCUGUCGCUGGUGUGGCAAUAACUGCAAGUCUCGAUGUAUUGGUGAUGGACAGACUUGUGAGCAGUGGUGUCUCUAGGUCAUCACAGACAGAUUGGUAAAGACUUGGUCUUUACGCUCAAUUUACAGACACGGACGAGUAGUGAGGCAAGGAGAACAGUAUCAACACUCUUUCAUUGUAACAGAAACUUGGAAACGGGCUAGCUAGCUAGCUUAGUACAUUCGCUUUAUCGAAGCUAUUGUUACAUAUCUCA